AUGGGAGGCAAACUCCCAGGACCCCAUCCUGACGAACACGCGCCCCCCGACAGGCGUAGAGUCGCCAAGAAUAUCAUUGGGCGGAUGGAUAUCUUCCCAGAAAGGCGGUGCUUAAGCCCACUUCGAGUACCCGAAGGGUUACUGCAACCCAAUGGAGAAGUUAAACCAGGACCAACUGCCCAGACUGAUGGGAUCCCGAGCAGACGCAUACCGGAGAUUCACAUUGGGGAUGACUCACCUACACCACGCUGGCUCAUUCGACCUGCUCCUCCAGCGAUUGGUGACGGGUCUUCAGGCCGCCCACCUUCCAUUGCAUCAACCAGCAAUUCAACCACGUCAACCGGCCGUCGCCUUCCAGCACUAGGGGUGCUACGAUGGGAAUUUGACCCUGGCUCAGCUACCAAACAUCAGCAGGAUGAGACAAAACUGUACGAGUACGCCUACCGAUAUCUUCAGAGCAAGCUCUGUGACCCGAUUGCCCGAGAGGAGUUGAGGGACAUGAUUUGGGACAGCGACUAUGCGCCGAUUGUUGAACAUGUCGAAGACCCAUUACCAGUCCCGCCUCCACCAAAGAAGAACCUCAUUCUACCAUCGCCCUCAUACGAGGUUUCUCCGAAAUCUUCCUCAGAUCCUGUUGACUAUCACUUUAUGUAUCCCGACUAUGCCCGGCCGUCACUCGCAAGUAGACUUUAUCAAAACCCACGUCGCAAAUUCAGAGUCAAGCCCCAGAGCUCCGCCGACUCCCGUGACAGCUCCGAUCCUGGCGAGAGUUCCCGUACUCGUGGCAACAAUCUCAAGCCCGGUGAGUUUAAGUGGAUCUGGAUUACACUCACAGUCCUCAUCCUGGCGCUAUUCCUGUGUCUUUUUCUAUACGUGUUUGGGAUAUUGAAAUGA